UACUGCACCAUAUGCUGCACACCGACCACAACUCCACCAGCCCCCCGGCCUUUAGCUUUCUUCUUUCUCACUUUCCUCCGCAGCCACCAGUUCCACAUCACACUCCUUUGGAUACCAACCACUGUUACUACUCAGUCAUUCGUUUGCCUUUCCCUUUCCUUCUCUUCUCCCACCCAGUCACAGAUCGCCCGUGACAACGGCCCUAUUGGUCAGUCAACACCGACGACAACAACUUCACUGCCGCGACUCUGGAACUGCACUCCACUCUCCAUCCUCAGUCAGGAAAUACCAAUCAACCCACAGCAAUCGGACGAGUGAGGUGCGCGUAAAUGAGGUUGUGUAGAGGACGCCAAAGUUGAAUUAUGAGGGAGGAAAUUGGCGUAGACAGCGUCGAGAGAAACACCAUAUCCACAUCGUCCUCUCCUUACGAUGCGAAGGCAGUUGAGCUAGAAUCCUCGUUGCUUGCUACGACAAUGGCAGGACAGAGGCGGGUAGAUUGGGCGAGGUCAACAAACCGACAACAACCAACCAUGGGACUCAACAUCAAGACCGCACUUCUCUCAAUGAUCGCACUCGCACCAGUCGCCAUGGCUCAGAAUUGUAUACCACUGACCGGCUCAACACAAUGUCCUUCUUUUGGUUCCGCGUCGAUAUCAGUUACGGAUGGCACAGUUCUUGGUUACUUGUAUGUUGGACUCACGUAUCUUGGAAGAAUUUCACUACUAAUUCUUUUCUCCUAGUCCAUUCCUUAGACAGGUCAACGAUGUCACGACUUUUGACACUCAAGUACGGGACUACAUCGCAAGAAAUUAUACGCGAGAAAAGUACUUCUAUUUCUACAAUUUCAUCUCCAGUCCAAUUGCUAAUAAAUUUACUUCCAGAUACCAAACACUCCUUGGUUGCGACACUGUUGAUUUGGCAAAUACAACAAAUCUUUACGCACGCUUCACAACCAGUGUUAUAUGUAAUGCUAUAGUACAAAAUUCAAAAACACCCUGUGGAUUGUCAGCGGGCAAUUCUCGGCCUGUUUGUGCUGCUACAUGUGUAAGUCGCGCUAGCGCAAUGUACCAAGUAAACAAAUUACCAUGACCAAGACUGAUAACCAUUAGGCCGACCAAGCCGAGAGCGAGGCCAUUAUCAUCGCCAACAAUGAUCUUUGCCAAAACCCAAAUGCCAAUGCUGAUACACAGAUCCGAGCCGAUUUUACCAACUGUGCCUUGCCCGCGAAUUCGUUGAGCGGUUCCUGCAUUGAUGGCGCAUCUAAUGAACCAAACAACUGUGGCUUCGGAAACAGUACAAUUGGCUUAUGCCAAUACUGUGCCGCAGGAGGGCAAAAUAGUACGGAUACGUGCUGUUAUAAUUCCAAAGCAGAAGAAAGAUGCAGAGACGUAAAACUACCAACCAUUACAGCUUUUAUGACCUUUAGUACAAGCUCUCCAACCUCUUCCCCGACAUCAACAGCAUCUUCAGAAUCAAGUACCCCUGCACCAGCAUCACAAACCAACCGUCUUUCGGGAGGCGCUAUUGCUGGAAUUGUGAUUGGUUCUAUUGCAGCAGCUGCAAUGAUUGGUGUCUUGAUUUUCCUUUUGCUCAUGUGCCUGCGCCGUCGCCGAGGAACACAAAAUGGUAGUGUUUUCAACCAACCAGCUCCUGCUAGAAAAGGUCAGAGUAUGGCAUAUAACCCAGUUGCAGCAAACACCACCCCGGAAGGAUAUGAGGUACUUCCAGGAGGGCGAAUCGCACGCAUGUCGGCUUUGGAGGGCCACACAGACUCAUCUCCACCUCGGCAUCUUGCAGCAAUGACUCCAGCAAGUCGUACAGGAGUUCGGAGCAGGAGACAUGAGGACUCGUCGGACGAAUAUAGCCCAGCGUCGAUCCAUCAAGGAGGAAUACUUCGACCUCCCCCUAUGGCGAGAAGAACCGGUUCAUUGUCCAGUGGAUCGGCUCUUGGAAUUGACGACCCACAAUCACCAGGAAGCGGAAACAUGUCCUCUCCCCAAGGCAUUGCGGCCAGUCAACAAUCCGAGCAAUUGCCGUUUUUCAAAGAUUAUUAUUCGUCAGACGAAAUCCACCCGGGAGAUAAGGUUGCUGCUCUAUGGGCGUAUCAACCACGAGCCGGAGACGAGUUUUCGUUGGAAAGAGGUGAUAUGCUGAAGGUUGUAGGCAUCUGGGACGAUGGAUGGGCUACUGGAAUCUUGAUUGAUGAGAACGCAGAGGACUGGGACGCAAAACGCAAAGCACAACGCGAUAGUGGUGUUUCCAACACUUCAGGCCGGAGAGGCGACUCACCAAACGUUAGCGGUGAAAUCAAAGCCUUCCCCUUGGUUUGCGUUUGCUUGCCUGACCACUGGAGAAAAACCAUCGAAGGAGACGGAUCAACAGAAUCAGCAUCUACUGGUCCCUUUGGAGGUCAAACCUGACCAUCCGAUUAGCAUUUCGUUGCAUCAUACUUUUACGGCUUUUGAUGAUGGUGUUAUUGGGUUCAGGAGUUUUUCGGAUUCAUCUUUUCUUGACAAUUUUUACGGCGAGGUAAUAUCGACCCGACACAAACCUUUUACCGCCGACAAGAGGCCUUGAGCUCCAACCCAUCAUAUAUACGUGCCUGCCUCUUCACGCCCAGCUUUGACGCCUAUCACGCUAUAGACUUUACGAUUUGCGCAGCAUUUUCACUUUUUGUAUUCGAAAACGUCAUCCCCAAUCGAAUCUUCGCGAAAUACCUCCUUCGCCUCUGGACCGGAAAAGGAGAAAUCGAUUCGGGCUCUAAUAAUACUAUUAUAUGAUCGAUCGAAGGUCUUUCAGAUCCGUGCAUCUUUUUCGAAAACGGAAAGGAUCACAAGGACGAAUAGGACCUUAGUACAUACAAUUUUUUUUGUGUUUCCUUUUUUCUAUAUACCCAAAUUCUUGUAUCCAGACUUGUGGGGCAAAUGAAGGGGUGUGGGGAUGAGCAAUGGUGUGCGGAGUUGUUGAUUGAUCGAAGCCUUUUUUCUGCUUUCCAGCCCGGAGAUAAUAUAAUUGGCGUGGGAGAGAGUGAGAGUUAGAUGUCAGGGGGGGAGUGGAUUGAAAUGAGAGACAACAGAGAAAAGAGAAAUGGGGAAUAAUUGGGCUUGGGGAGGUAAUAACUUGUGGAUGAGUUAAUUGAAGGGGGGGUUGAGUGAGGUUGGUUAUUUUGAUAGGAUAGGAUAGGAACCCCUCUUCCGAAUAAAGAUACAAAAUCCCUAUCAAAUA